AUGAGCGGCACCGGUCCUGGCGAGUCGGACACCAACUACGUCCCUCUCGUCCCCUACAAUGGCACCACCGCAACUGGCGGCGACUCGCUGCAUGUCAACCUGAACAUCUACUAUGAGAGCGGUGACAUUGGUUACAUGAUCAUCUGCACCGCCUUGGUCUUCUUGAUGAUUCCAGGCGUGGGGCAUUAUGCUGACAACAACCGCAGAUUCUUCUACUCUGGCCUGGCCAGACGCAAGUCGGCCCUCUCUCUCAUUUGGCUUUCGAUUAUGGCGACCGCUGUCAUCUCCUUCCAGUGGUUCUUCUGGGGCUACUCUCUCGCCUUCUCCCACCAGGCCGGUAAAUUCAUGGGCGCUCUCGACAACUUCGGCUUCAUGAACGUCCUUGCUCAGCCCUCGGUGGGAAGCAACAGAAUCCCGGAUCUUCUGUACGCCGUGUACCAGGGAAUGUUCGCAGCCAUUACCGUUGCUCUUGGUGUUGGCGCUGUUGCUGAGCGUGGCCGCCUCUUUCCUUGCGUUAUCUUUAUGUUCAUCUGGAGCACCGUCAUCUACGAUGCCAUCGCUUGCUGGACCUGGAACCCUUCAGGCUGGCUCUACAUUCUUGGAUACCUGGAUUUUGCCGGCGGCACCCCUGUGCACAUUUCCUCUGGCUGCGCUGCACUGGCAUACUCGUUUGCGUUGGGCCAUCGUAAAGGCCACGGCACACACGAACUCAACUACCGCCCUCACAACGUCACACACAUUGUGAUCGGUACAGUCUUUCUCUGGUUCGGCUGGGUUGGAUUCAACGCUGGUUCAGCACUGGCAGCCAACAUGCGUGCUGUCAUGGCGCUUGUUGUUACCAACCUAGCUGCUUCUGUUGGUGGUAUCACUUGGUGUCUCUUGGACUUUCGUCUUGAGCGUAAGUGGUCGACUGUUGGAUUCUGCAGUGGUGCUGUGGCCGGAUUGGUCGCCAUCACUCCAGGCUCUGGUUAUGUCCCUGCUUGGGCAGCUGUUGUUUUUGGCGUGGUUGCGGGAAUUGGAUGCAACUACGCAACCAAGCUGAAGUACCUCAUGAACUGCGAUGAUGCUCUGGAUAUCUUUGCCGUGCACGCUGUUGGCGGUUUCAUCGGUGAUGUACUUACUGGCUUGUUUGCUGCGGAUUACAUCGCUCAUCUUGACGGCGUCACCGUCAUCCCUGGCGGCUGGCUCAACCACCACUAUCGUCAGCUUGGCAUUCAGUUGGCUGGCGGCGUCACGGGUGGUGCCUACUCUUUCUUCGGCUCCCUCAUCAUACUCUACGCCAUGGACUUCAUCGGCAAGUACUUGACUGCGUUCAGACUCCGUGCCUCCCCUGAAGAGGAGGACUUGGGUAUCGACGACGUUGAGAUUGGAGAGUUUGCGUACGACUACGUAGAGGUGAUGCGCGACGUGCAGCACGGCGAUGUUCGUAGCCUCUCAAGCGACGAACACGAGAAGGCGUCGACUCCCACCAAGGUUGGUUCGCCGGUCAAGCGCUUCGACGAGGGCAUGGCACGCGGACAGCACACACCUCUUGGAGCCAACCCUCCUGUCAAGUACACGGUUGAAUCUGCCAACUCUCCCGGCAACUUUGUGUAA